CAUAGCCUCACUGUUCUGAUGCUGUCCGGAGGAACUUUGUCUACUGAACUCGGACGUUUUUAUGAAUUAUUAAACCGACAGGAAUUACAACAGAGUAAGGAUCUGGAUGUUAUUUAAAAAGGAUUCAUUUGAAGGUUGUUCCACUAUGUAGGACUCAAAGCGACAUUAAGCUGAACGGACGUUUGCUUUGGCAUGUUUGGGGUGUCUCACAUCACCAUGGAGAUCAGGAAAGUGCAGCUAAAUUGUCACAGGACAGUCUUCCUGACAAUGAUGAUGUUCAAAUGGGGUAUAUUCUGUUCGGGGUCAUCUGACUUGUGCGCGUCGUCCCCCUGUCGUAACGGGGCGAAGUGCGUGGACACCAUGGACGAUUACGUGUGUCUGUGUUCAUUGGAAGGUGUCCGGUACACAGGGAAGGACUGCGACGUGCUGCACAACGCCUGCGUGUUUGCCGAAUGUGAAGGAUGCAUGAGUGAACCGGGCUCGGAGCACUACACCUGCCCGGGUGACAUCAACGAGUGUGAAAGCGGGCCGUGUGUGGGUGUUCUUUCAGAAUGCGUGGACGAGUUAAACGGCUACAAAUGCCUUUGCCCACCUGGAUAUGGAGGAGAGAACUGUAGCCGUCAUAUUACAGACUGCAUCGAUGAACCCUGUCUAAACAACGGCACUUGUAGUAGGAUAGUGGACGGGUUUGAGUGCACCUGUCCCAGCGGUUUCCGAGGAGAGAUGUGCGAGGAGAAUGUGGAUGAGUGCGCAUCACAUCCGUGUCAGAACGGCGCCAUCUGUGUGGAUGGAGUGAAUAGGUAUCAAUGCUUCUGCGUACCGGGUUACCAAGGACACAGCUGUGAUAUUGACAUCAACGAGUGCGCAUCCCGACCCUGCUGGAACAACGGAACCUGUAUUAAUGAGAAAGAUCGGUACAUUUGUGAAUGCCUAGCGGGAUAUACAGGAAUAAACUGUGAGAUGGAGAUUGAUGAAUGCGAGUCAAAUCCCUGUGAAAAUGGCGCCACCUGUCACGAUCUGGUGGGACUGUACACCUGUGACUGCGUGCAAGGGUUCGAAGGGUCCGAAUGCGAGGUCAACAUCAAUGAGUGUGAGAGCCAUCCCUGUCAGAACGGAGGAACCUGUCACGACCUCAUCGACAGUUAUGAAUGCGAGUGUGAAGGCACUGGGUUUAUGGGAGACCACUGUGAGGAAGAUAUUCCUGAGUGUGCAUCAGAUCCAUGCCAACAUGGUGGAACUUGUGAAGAGGGCAUUAACCAUUACAACUGUAGCUGUUGGCCAGGUUAUGAAGGUGUUAACUGUGAUGUGGAUGUAGAUGAAUGUGCUGAUACUCCUUGUGAGAACGGCGGUGAAUGUUUUGAGAAGUCUAAACCUGAGAACAGGAAAUCAGACUGGACAUUCAGCUACGACAAUGCAGCAGGUUACGUCUGCAAGUGCCAACCUGGAUAUACAGGAGCGAACUGUUCAGUUAACAUAAACGAGUGUGCGUCCAAGCCAUGCCAGAACGGAGGCAGCUGUAAGGAUCUUGUAAACGGAUACAUGUGUUUGUGUGCAGACGGGUUUACAGGUGUCCAGUGUGAAGUCAAUAUAAACGAAUGUGAGAGCGCCCCCUGUCUGAACGGAGGUGUAUGUAAAGAUGGAGUGGCUGGAUACGAGUGUCACUGUGGAGUAGCUAAAGAAGGUCUGCUGACCUGGAGCGGACCUCAAUGCAACAUGCAGAUGCUUGGUUGCGUUGAAAACACGUGUGAAAAUGGCUCCACUUGCUUGCCAUGGUUUGACGGAGAGACACACGGACAUACAUGUCUUUGCCCUCCGGGUUUCUAUGAUGACGUCUGCUCUACACCAACCACAUUCUCCUUCUCCUCACCGAGAUUCUUCUUAUUUGAGGUUCCAGCUCACGAGCGCAGAAGAAGAGAUACUAAACAACUUUUUGAGGUGCGCCUGCGCUUCCGUACCACAUUGCCUGACAUGCUGUUGUUCUUUCGUGGCAAUGCUGAAACCUUUCUGUCUCUGGAGAUUGUUGGGGGUGAGCUUCGUACCAGGCUGGUGUGGGGAGUCGGAGGGACGCUGGAGGCAAGGUUGCCAGGCGUUGUGAGUGAUGGAGAAUGGCAUGAGGUUGUGGCGGGCAUUGAUGAAGAGUCUACAAAAGCUGUGCUGGAGGUUAAGGGUCCAGCCUGUGUAAAUAAAGCAUGCAAAGUGGAAAACAAGUUUCCGGAUGAUCGUGAACCUUUCUCUAAGAAUCUCACAAAGGUGUAUGUGGGUGGAGUACCAGAGGAGUAUCUGAAGUAUACGUUGAGCGGCCGUGGAUUUUUGGGAUGCAUGGAGGACUUGAAGGUGGACGGUCGUCAGGUCUUACCUCGGGAUCUGGGUGGCGGGGAUGAGAGCGUGGAGAUAGGAUGUAAGAAAACUGAAUGGUGCGAGGUGGAUCCACAACCCUGCUCCCAACAUGGGAAAUGUGUUGACCUGUGGACCAGCUACCGCUGUGACUGCUAUAGACCUCAUCACGGACAUGACUGCAGCCAAGAAUACCCAUCUUGGACAUUUGGUCACGAAGACUCCGUCAGCUUUCUUGCAUUUAAGAUGCAGUCUGAUUUUGGCAGAAGCUUCAGCGUGUCGUUCUUUCUGCGAUCGCUUCAGUCGAGUGGAUUGUUACUUCAGUUUCUCAGAGCAGAGGGUGACGAUCCUUACUUUACCAUCUACCUACAAAUGGGUCAAGUGAAGUUGAACUCAACUGCGAAGUCGCCUUUGCGGUCAGCACCUGUGUUUGUCAGUGAUGGAGAAAAGCAGCUGUUGCAGGUGGCUGUCGAUCGUGGUCGGGUGUUCUUCUUCUACGGAGACUGGAUCUAUGAACUUGGCUUGUUGCCAGACUUUCCUGAAGUUCUAGAAGGAGACCUGGUGUAUGUGGGGGGGCUUCCAGGUGGGGGCACAGCUGGGUGGGGGGGACACUUUAAAGGCUGCCUGCAGGACCUCAGACUGUUUGACGUGAAUCUGGCCCCGAAAUUAAGGAAUUAUCCUGUCAAUGAGACUGUAUAUGUUGGCAGUGAAAACGUGCUUUUUGAAUGCAUCAGUGACGAUAAAUGCAAGGUGCAGCCUUGCUUGAAUGGAGGGGAGUGUACAGUCACAUGGAAUGACUUCACUUGCUCCUGCCCACGAAAUUUCACCGGAAAGAUGUGCGAAACCCGAGUGUGGUGUGAGAGUGACCCAUGUGUAAACGGCGGACACUGUGUGGAUCUGUUGGAUGGGUUUGAAUGUAUCACUAAUGCAACUUUCGACAACACCCCCUUACACUUCAGCGCAAAAGGAACCCUAGUUUUCCCGGUCACCAAUGUUACCAUAGAGCUGCGUACACGACAGGAAAAUGCUGUGUUACUUCGCGCAUGGAGGGGGGCAGAGCUUCUCCAGAUUGGCCUGGUUGACUCAUUCGUUCAAGUGGAGAUCCAUACCGAGAACAGAGUGGAACCAGUGAUCUUCUCCGGAAAGAGACACAUUGCAGAUGGCGAAUGGCAUCGUCUCCUGGUGUCCAUGGCAUACCCAGAGCGUGAUCUGUCAAUCUGGUUGAUUUUGGUGGAUGGUGUCAUAGAUGGUAGCAGUGCUCCGGCUCUUUCCAGGAGUUUAGACUUUCUCAACAACCACUCAAGUGAGGUUGCACUGGCAGAGAUGUACACGGGGUGCAUGGGUGCGGUCAGAGUGGGUGAGGUUUACCUUCCAUUUGAUGACAACGUCAAAGCACCACAGGCAUCAAGGUUUUGGAGACGUCCAGAUGAGCGAGUGCAUGUGGGGUGCAUUGGGAGUCCAUUGUGCGAUUCUCAUCCAUGCAGGCAGGGUGGCACAUGUGUGGAUCUCUUCAAAACUUUUGCCUGCCAGUGUCCACCGGGCUGGGAAGGAAGCACCUGUGAGACAGAAACAGAUGAGUGUGCUUCGGGACCCUGCGUCCACGGCAGGUGCACCGAUAAGUUUAAUGGCUUUGAGUGCACGUGUCAGCCGGGCUACGGUGGACCUACCUGUUCAGAAAACCUGUAUGAUUGUAAAGCGUCAGAGUGUAAGCAUGGGGGUACCUGUGUGGACGGGAUUAAUGGCUACACGUGUGUCUGUCCACCUCAGUACAGCGGAACACGUUGCCAGUACAACUACCCUCCUCUGAAGUGUGAAGUGGACUUUCGAUGUGAAAAUAAUGGAGCAUGUCAUGACACACAAUGGGGGGCAGACUGCGCCUGCUCUCCAGGAUUCACAGGAGACAGAUGCGAGACAGAAAUUGACGAAUGUGCAUCCGGCCCGUGUCUGAACGGGGGAUCCUGUCUGGAUCGGCUGAACCGGUUUCAAUGUUUGUGUCCGGCAGGAUUAAGUGGCCAGUUCUGCGAAACAAAUAAACAGUCUCAUAAAGAUCGUAUCCCGUGGCUGGCGAUCGCGGUCCCGCUGGUGUGUGGCUGUGCGCUCCUGACGGCGAUUGGUUUUAUUUUCAUGCUGAUGACGGCACGCAGGAAACGGCAGUCGGAGGGAACGUACUCCCCGAGCCAACAGGAAUUUGCCGGUGCGCGUCUGGAGAUGGACAGCAUGCUGAAAGUACCACCCGAGGAGCGUCUAAUCUGAAAUAUUUCAAUAUAUAGAGGCAACAUUAUCAUUGUGUGCUUAAAACUACUUUGGACAUUUAACGGAGCAAUGAGAUGCAAGUGUUACCCAAAAACGUAACUCUACAGCAUUGUGAGGGUGCAACACUGGAAAAACCUGACAGAAGAGAAGAAAACAUGAAUGCAUACAGUGGAUCUUUUACAUUUCACUUCUUAUGGAUAAAUGCUUCCUUUUUACAUUUUCCAGAUCAUCAGGUCUCCGACCAUUUUGUAAAUAUAGUAUGACCCUUACACUGACUUUUGGGUCAUGGUGAAGGACGGAGACCUACGGCACAAGUUUAGCUCUCAAGUCAGAAUGCAGAAGAUGGAUUUUUUACUUUAUGGAUAUAUAUGCCUGAAUGGUUGCAGUUUGGCAUUUUCCCAAGGAAACAGGGGACAAUGAUAGUUUACAGUAUGCCUACAGUAUUAUCUUCAACAAAUAUGUUCCUCAACAUGUCUCUUUGCUCAAUUCCGAAGUUAAGUUUCUGAAUUACAUUAGCCACAAGCUGCUCCUGCUUCAUGGUUAAAGGUGAAAUUCCGGCUACAACACAGUGCUAAUGGAGGAGGUUUCUUUUUUUGGGUUUUGAUGCCUUCAAGUCAUGUCAGAAUUUGUGUAUCUACAAGAUGUGUGCGAGCACAACGUUCCUUUUUUAGUUAGUUGCAUAGGUUAAUGAACAAUGAGGUUUUGGUCAUAAUUACAGUUUUAGUUUUCAAUGUUGACUGUACAAAUAGUUUUAGGAAAAUCGUCAGCGUGAACUCAUUUAGAUGUUUGUGCGAGCUACAUUUCCCAUCGCUUUCUGAUCAAAUGAACAUAUAUAGAAAAAAUGCACAACUACCCAACAAAUCUAUUUUUCCUAACCAAAAUAAAUCACGAAUGUGAUGUCGGAGUCUUAAGGAGCUUCCCACGCAGACUUGAAGGCAGCAUGACAUCAAAAUAUUUAUCAAGCACAAAAUAGCUGUACUACUGAACCAUAGAGUAUUUGAUACUAAACCACACAUGUGUGUAUGAGGUAUGUUAUCUAUAAUAGGACUGUUGUGUUUCUUCCCACACUGGAUCUGAUCAUCACUUGAGGGCUGUGGAUUCAACUCCUGAUUUGGCCAUGUUUUUGUCUUUUUGAACAUGUAGAGGCCUAAAACUGUAUGUUUAGAAAAGAAGACUAUGAAGUUGUGCCACAGUUGGCGACCUAGAGACGUCGGUGACUAGCUGUAUCUAGAGGUCACAGUUUGGGUUAAAUGAUUUAGCAAAACGCCCAUAUUUAGGCAGAACCGAGGCAAUUUUUCUCAAGGUCUUUUUUUGAGUUUGUGUCUUUUACUGAGGAAAGCUUUGAACAAAUAUUGUUGACAAUCACCGCAACUGUAUUUUUAUAUAUAUUUCCACACACCGGAAUGUGACUACUAAAUAUGCAAGGAAAAGCAAUAAGCAUUUGUUUAAACACACUUACAGCUGCAAACACAAAUGCCAUGCCCACUGAAAUAAAUUCUGUGACAAGAAUGCCUGCGUAUGAAAAUUUACAGAUGACGAAGAAAUAUUCAAUCAAAAUCACUGAGGUCCAGAUGCUCUGGAGACUUGAAUGUAGUAUGAAACAUGUAUUUUAAAAGUUGUUGAAGUUUUCUUUAGCGUUUAGAGGAAUGUUCAGCUUGAGUGUUUAUGAAUGUUGUAAACUUAUUUUGUCUCUUCAUGCAGAUCACUACAAUCCACUCGAACACAUAGGAACUAUUUUUUCUAAUAGAGUUUUGUUCAAACACUGCUGAAUUUAUGAUGUAUUUUUUGAUUAUGUACAUUUGUAAUAAAACUUUUUGAUGUGUCUGA